AUGACAGCCGGAUGUAGUGCGGCGACGCCAGCGAGCGGGUCGUCGAGCUCGCAGCUGGCGACGCCCAGCACCGCCGCCCCACUGGCGCAUCUGCGGCUGGGUCGCAGAAGCCGACGAAGCAGCAGCAGCGGCGCGAGCAGUAGCAGCAGUACGAGUAGCAGCGCUGCACCUUCUGGCAGUCUGGGACUGCGUGCACGAUCACACGGACGAAAGCGAAGGCGGCACAGCACGCUGUCGAGUAGUGGUGUUGCAUCUGGAUCGGACGACGACGAACGCGCGCCUCCGACGGUUCGGCUCAGGCUGGGGAGCUAUGUGUCGGAAUUCAGGAUCGCGGGUAGUAGAAGCAGCUCGCCGGGGACGGGACGGUCGACGUCACCAUUGCUGCCACGACAGCGUCACCAGCUGAGCAUACACACCAUGGCUCCCACACCGCUGUCGGAAGCUGUAGGAUCAGCUGCAGCGGACGACGAUCAAGACGAUGGAGCCGACGCCGAUGUGGAUAUGGACCUCGAAGUGCAGUCGACCUUCCAGGCCAUGCAAGUCGACAGCCCCAUUGCUUCACCCUCUCUGUCGAGUGCUGCUUCGUUCUUCAGCCGCCUUGAUGCGCUGCCCAACGCGCCGCCACCGAAUCUGGUCUCGGGCGCCACGGCGGGUGUACUGGCACCGCUGCUGAUCGAGCCGCGCUAUGCAACGCCAUCUCGCUCUCCCGUGCAGACGAAUCUAGCACUGCCGUCCAUCUCUGCCUUGGCCACUGCGACCACCGUCCAGCCGGGCAUGUUUCCCUCUGCGUCGCUGAUUGCAGCUCGCCGAAACUCGCGCAGUAGCCUGGGGCUGCAACAGCACCAACCCGCUUCGCCAUCGCCCCUCUCGCGGAUGCAGCCGCAGCAAUUCGCCAAUCUCAACCCGUUCGCAUCGCAUAUGUACCACCACCCGCAUCAGCAUCCCGCUCCAUCGUCUCAGAUUCCUAACCGCACAAGGUCUUCGUCCACCCCUCCAUCGCCACGCUCGAGCCAGCCGGAUGGCGCGCAGCGCCAAAUGCCUCCUUCGCCCGCUCGCCGCCAUUCGGACGGUACGCCUACCCAUCCACUUGCCUCCUGA